GGGAGACAGCGCUGUUCACUCUCUGGACCAGAGAUACAGUGUCCACGUGCUUCCGCAGGUCAGGGUGACUCCAGGUCAAAGGGCAGUAAGCUGUAAGCACGGGAGCAUCUCCAGUAAGGCCUAUUAGGAGGAAGCAAAGCUGAGACCCCUCCAGUCUGUUGUGGGGGUGCACGGGAGGCAGCAUAAGCAUGUGAACCCCUUGGAGGAGCUGAGCUUUCUCGGUGAGCGGGCGCUUCAAGCCAUGUCAGAGGAAGGUGACAAGACAACGCUGGGAGAGAUGGAGAGCUACCACAAACUUCUGCAGACUGUGUCCCAGCUGGAGGGCACACUAGCACGGGUAAUGGCCCCCAUGAGCAUUAAAGAAGUGCAUGACUACAUGGAAAAGCAGGUUGCCUACCUAUCAGGGGGGCGUGGGAAGGAGUCCAGUGCCAUCGUAACCUUCCCAGAAUGCACUGCUUUCCGGGACAUUCCAGAUGAUGCCCUGGAUAAAGUCUUGAAAUACCUCACUUUUGCACAGCGAAUCCAGCAACCUGGUGUGAAGUUUGUAAUUAUUCUUGACCGAAGACUGGACACUUGGACCUCCAUUAAAAUUGCAUUGGCAAAGAUAGAGGCCUCCUUUCCCGGGAACCUCCACCUGGUCCUGGUGCUGCGACCCACCAGCUUCCUGCAGCGCACCGCCACCGACAUCGGCUUCCGCUUCAGCCAGGAAGACUUCAUGCUCAAGAUGCCGGUGAUCAUGCUUAGCUCUGUCACAGACCUGCUGCGCUAUAUUGAUGAGAACCAACUAACCUCAGAGUUUGGCGGCACCCUGGAGUAUUGCCAUAGCGACUGGAUUGUCCUGCGCACGGCCAUUGAGAGCUUUGCAGUCACAGUGAAGGAGAUUGCUCAGAUGCUGCAGGCCUUUGGAACGGACCUGGCUGAGACCGACCUGCCGGAUGAGGGAAAUGCCAUUGACUUUCUCCUUUUGUCCCACACCGAUAAAUACAGGCAACUGAAGGAUAACAUCAGGUCAGUGAUGAGACAGGGGCGUCACCUCCUCUCCAGUCUGGAGGCCUCGAGGACUGCAGAGGCAGACUCUAGUGAGCAGAGGGAUGCCAACCAGGACUGGGAGACAGUGCAGAGGCUGAUGGCCCAGCUGCGGGAUAUGGAGAUGGCCUUCGAUGAGUUCUUUGAGAAGCAUCACCUGAAACUGAAGCAGUACCUUCAGCUUCUGAGAUACGAGCAGAGCUUCCACGAGAUGGAGGCCACUCUGGAAAAACUGUCAUCACAAGUGAGGGAUAUUGCUAAUUUAGGAGCCACCGUGGCUCAGACAGAGCAGCUGAUCAAAGACCUGGACAAUCUCAACUCAAAAGCAGAGGAUGAGAUGGGUCGUGCUCAGAUCAUCAUCCUGCACGGACACCAGCUGGCUGCCAGCCAUCACUACGCUAUGGCGCUGAUCGUCCAGCGCUGCAACGAGCUACGUCACCUCUGUGACGUGCUCACCACCAACCUGAAGACCAAGCGGGCCGCCCUUAAUCGAACCCGGGACCUGCUCCUGCGCCUGGAGGAGGUUCUGCGCUGGUGCGAUGAGGGAGCCUACCUCUUGGCCAGUCAGCUGGUGGAUAAGUUCCAGUCCAAGGAAGGGGCGCAGGCCGCUCUGUGGGACAUUGAGAAGUUGCAGGAGAGGGCCCCCCCUCCCCUCAGUGCAAGCCCCGAUGUUCUCAGUCUGGAGUUUGAGUCUGUCCUCACCCAGCAGCUGCAGGCCCAGAUCGGGGCGGCCCACGACAAGUUCUCCAGCGUGCAGGGGAUGGUCCAGAACCGGCAGGCCUCCCUGCGGAAGCUGGCGGACGUGCAGGUGCGGCCCGUCCAGCUGGUGGCGCCCCGGCCGGAGAACCCGCCCCGCUCCAAGUCCCCCCUCUUCUCCCCGAAACACGGUGUAGACUUCAAUUCCAAGUUCUCCUUUGACCUCUCUCUGCCAGGCAAGAGGGCCUCUCGGAAAGGUUCCAACUCCAGGAAGAUAGAGGUGAUGCAUGACUACCGGGAGAAUCGCAGCUCUCUGUGCUACGGUGGGGAGGGAGAGGAGAGCUCGGACAUGCUCAAGCGCCAUGUAAUAAAAGAGUUGAUUGAAACUGAGAGAAUCUACGUAGAGGAGCUGCUGUCUGUACUGCUGGGCUAUCGCGCUGAAAUGGACAACCCCGCCCUCUCCGGCCUUCUGCCCCCCAUUCUGCGCAAGAAAAAGGAGAUCCUGUUUGGGAACAUGCCUGAGAUCUACAACUUCCACAGCAGGAUCUUCCUACAGGAUCUGGAGGGGUGUUUGGACACUCCUGAGAGAGUGGGAGCAUGCUUCCUGGAGAGGAAAGAGAAUUUCCAGGUGUAUGAACGGUACUGUCAGAACAAGCCUCGCUCUGAGUCACUGUGGAGACAGUGCUCUGACUGCGUAUUCUUUCAGGAGUGUCAGAAAAGGCUGGAUCAUAAACUGGGCUUGGAUUCGUACCUGCUGAAGCCAAUACAACGCCUGACCAAGUACCAGCUUCUGCUCAAGGAACUACUGAAGUACAGUGUGGGCUGCGAGAGGUUUUCUGAGCUACAGGGGGCGCUAACAGCCAUGCUGAACCUCCUCAAGUCCGUCAAUGACUCGAUGCACCAGAUUGCUAUCACAGGCUAUGAGGGGGACCUGAGCGAUCUGGGCCGGGUGCUGAUGCAGGGCUCCUUCAGCGUGUGGAUCAGCCAUAAGAAGGGCCCCACGAGGAUGAAGGAGCUGGCUCGCUUCAAGCCCAUGCAGCGCCACCUCUUCCUGCACGAGCGCGCUCUUCUCUUCUGCAAACGGAGGGAGGAGCACGGAGAGGGAUACGAGAAAACGGCCUCCUACAGCUUCAAACACUGCCUGCGGAUGAGUGCGGUGGGGAUCACAGAGAACGUCAAAGGCGACGUGAAGAAGUUUGAGAUCUGGUACAGCGGCAGGGAGGAGGUGUAUGUAGUGCAGGCUCCAACAUUGGAAGUGAAGGUUGCCUGGCUCAACGAGAUCCGCAAGAUCCUCACCAACCAGCAGAAAGUGCUCCAAGACGAAUCCGUGCCUCCCUGCGCACUGCCGGAACGGUCCCGGCUGUCCCCGCCCCUCUCGGACAGUGUCUUGGUGUGCACCGCGUGGAGCCCCUCCCGCCUCUCUGGCUGCUCAGCUUGUUUUGAUGUCCCUCCUCACAGCAAGCUGCAGAGCGCCUCCUACAGCUCGGAGGAGACCGAGUCGGGCCGCACCAGCCCGGUCCUCACGGACCCGGUGGUCUUCUCCCCUCAGCCGCAGCUCAACCGCCGCAGCUGGCCAGGCACCUCUCAGUCGGUAGACUGCGACGGGCUGGAGGACUGGAGCGGCACCACGGAUCUCUCUAACCUGUCGGACAGCGAGGAGGAGGACGACGUGGCUCAGCUGAUCCGGGGCCGGUACAGGGCCACGGCGGAAAGUCAGUGUGGGCCCGAUGACCUCGUCAUCAAGUGCGGUGACGUCAUCCAGCUGUUGCAGGAAGAGGCCGAAGGGCUGUGGCUGGUGAAGAACGUGACUCGCUAUCAGGAGGGCCGUGUCUCAGUGGAGGACCUGCAGCUGAUUCUGGGAGAGGGCUGCAGAGCGCACUCUAGCCGCCUGGGAGACCCAGGGAAUCUGAAAACGAGGAAGCUGAGCUCUCCCUGAGGGACUGAAGCGCCAAUGCCCUGCACUCCGCACUUACAUCAGGCUCCCGGCCGCGGAGAACUCCGCAAGGUCAUCCUGCCAUUGGUCCGGUCAAAUUCACACCAGGUUCUUUAGUUAAAUUCCCCCCCUUUAGUCGCUCUGAUUGGCCUGUCAGAGGCAGGGAACGCUUGCUAUUCAAAGCAGAAGAUCCACUUUAGGGGUAAAAAGCGACGUGAAGACACAGUUCAUAUUCUCCUGAUUUCUCUUUGGGAGAGUGAGAUAUACCUUAUACCUAUACCUCAUACCUUUAAGCAGGGCAAUUAACCUGAAUUACUUCAACAUAUAUCCAUUUGUUAAAGCUGGUAGAUAAGAUAAAAAGUGCUAAGUUAGCCACAAUUGGUCAAGUAAUGCAAUAAAUGAAUAAUGUAAUGAAAUAUAAUGUGACCCCAUGACCACAUCCCUCCGAUCCUGCACCCUCACCCCAGGAAGAAGCCACCAGCUAAUUAAAAUAACAGAGGAAAGGGACAUUUCCAUUAAUGUUAAUUUCCUGUUUCAUCCUCUGACCGGAGCCAACAGGGGCCAAUGCUGAACCCCAGAAUGCACAUGGCAAAGACAGCACAAACUCCCCACUCUGAGCCAACAGAACUCCCAAUCAGCACAUGCCUGGAACUGCAGAAGGACAGGCCAGCAUGCGUUCUGAAGGGUCAUGUGAACUGAAUCCUAAUUAACCAAGCACAUUUGCCACCCUGGUCAUGAUCGUAUUAUGGAAAAGAGUGACUGGAUUUCAGGCAUCUAGUCACGCUGUGUUUAACGUAUCCCAAGACAAAGCUAGGAUGCAGCUAGCUAGCGAGUUAGGACUGCACAUUACCUCUUGAACUGUACAACAUAAGCCUUGCUAUAGUGAACCAGAAGUCAUGUGGUUCUCCGGUGAGGAACAAGAAAUGGACACAGUUCCCUAUAAAUGUUUUAGGGAAGACCUUAAUAGUCUUAAUUAAGGUAGCUUAAGAGAUUUUUAGUUGUUUUCUUAAUGAGGACAGGUUUUUAGUUUGAUGCUUGACAUCUUCUGUUUUCCAGUAAUACAAUGGCCUUGCAUAUGUUUCACUUGAAUAUUAGUCUUGUCAAAAAUCAGUGAGCCAUGCCAUUUUUAAACUGUGUACCCAUCUCACUGUAGCUCCUUGUCUGGAUGGGACCUUCUUAUUACGGUGUAAAACGACUAAGAAUUUAUGUGCCAAAACAUGUUGUGCCAUUGUAUCAUUCUUAUGGUCCUUUUUGUUAAUUUAUUUUUAAUAUCUUUCUUCACUCGUGUUCAUUUUUCAGAAAUUGUGUGUACUUAAUAGCAGUUCUGACAUCAGAACUAUAUUUUAAAUGCACUUUAGUGGAGAAAGCUAAAUAAAGGUGGGGAAUAUAUACAAAUUUAUGCUUUGUAAAUAUAUUAGUAUGCAUCUGUGACUGCACUAGUUUCUAUGAGGGUUCUUUUCACAACAAUACAUAAUUAUCUGUACAUUGCAGUUCUCUGCGCAUACAACUGACAGUUUCCCAAAUACUUCACCUCAGACACUGUACAACACUGCUGUACUUUACAUGGCUGUGCUAGAUUUAUUAUACAGUUCAUUAGUCAAUAUUAAAUAGGUUAAAAGGUGUAGACAAUUAAAAGGUGUAUCUCUUCCAUCUCUGUGGAGCUGCCAUUUUAGCCACGUGCAUUUCUCGCUGUUGUGUAAUACCAGAGAAACGUAAGGCCAAUCCCUCAUCGCCGCACCACAACGGCACGUGUUCUUCUUGGAUUACUGUGUCAUUAAUGUCCAAGUUCCUAUUAAACAGAAUCACGCAGUGAAUAUGAAUAUGCCUCCACCACGUUGGACGCUUAAUUGAAUAUUGAUUGCAGACUUGUGUGAAUGUACCACAUCAAAUCCAAUCCCCUGUUGGGCUGCCUUUGAUAUUGACUCCUUUGAAGUGGUAAUGAGGCUUUAAAUCAGCUGGAGCUGCUCCAGACUGCAGAUUUUUUUUAACAUAUUAAUUUUUGAAGAUGGUCCCCAUGCAAUUGUGUGUGUAUAUAUAUAUAUAUAUAUAUAUAUAUAUAUAUAUAUAUAUAUAUAUAUAUAUAUAUGCACACAUGCAUACACAUACAUACACAUUUUUCAUUGAAAGAAAAAUGGAAAUAUUUUAUAUUUGUACUGAAUUAUAUGUUCUGCACUGAAUGCCAUGUAGAAAAUCAUAACAAAGUUUGAAAAUAUUCUCCAUCGUGGCAAGCAUAUGUAUGCUCCAUGCAAUGGUGAUUUUGAGUAAUUGCAUGCCAUAUGGAUUUUGACCAGCCAUUUUCAGGCAUAGUCAUGUUGUAAUUGUUGUUAUCAGUGGGUUUUAAAUCUCUCUACAGCUUCCAAGUUGUACAUAUGGACAAAAUAAAUACUUUUAUUGGGGAAUGUUGUUGUGUAAUAACUGUGUCUGUAAUAAAUUCUGGAAGAAUUGCAAAUGCAGUGAGCUCCAUAAUGUUUGGGACAAAGCCAUAUUUUUUUUAUCGCUUUGGCUCUGUACUCCACAUUUUUUGAUUUGUAAUCAAACAAUUCACAUAUGGUUAAAGUGCACAUUCUCAGCUUUUAUAUUAGGGUUUGUUUUAUACAUUUUGGUUUCCCCGUGUAGAAAUUACAUGUAGAAUGUCUUUGUCCAAAACAUUAUGGAGCUCACUGUAUAUUAUAUGGAAUUCCCCCUGAUACCCCUCAAUUCAUUAUGUGUUAAAAGUCUCAAUAUACCCAGUCUGUAAAACAACCUCCUCAAUACUGUGACACUGGGAAUAAUUCGAAUAUUUGUGAUUUUAGAAGCACAUUUACUGCAGAAUAUAUUGGGAUAAAGAAAUGUACAUUUGCUGCUCAUACAUUUGAAUUAUGAAAUUGUCACGCAAGUCUUAAUGUUUUUGAUCAGAUAUGUCUGGAUUAAUCUAUUUCAAUUAUCAAAAGUCUCUUUGUUCUCUGAACAAAUCUGAAUAUUCUUUUUUGUCUUUAUCAUAUUCAUGAAUGGGUAUGAGUGUUGGGCUAAGGUUCAUAAAAAAAAUAUGAUCCUGAUAUGUUUUAUAUUUUUAUGUUUCUAUCUAUUUCUUAAUUUAUAUUAGCCCUGCCUGACUUUACUUGUGGUAUAGUUAAUAUUUUAUUUCCCUCAUGGCAUAUUCCUCGCAUCAUUUAAAAAAUUUUGUUCCAAAUAACUCCUGGCAAUGAAUAUAUAUAUAUUUGAAAUAGUUUUUUAUUACAUUUUUUUCAUAGAAUCAUGCAGGAAAUUUGAAGGUGGGUAAUACAAAAAUGUUGAAGGUGGGUAACAGGUUUUCUUGUAUUUUCCAAUAAACAUACACAGUAAAAAUUUCCUGUAUUAAUUCAACUCAUAUCACUGAGUUCUGGCCACAGUGGAUAAACUCUGUAAGAGAUGAUAUAACACUGAACAUUUUACUGUGUAGGGAACAAAAGAAAAAGAAAUGGAUUAAAUAUGGAAUUGUUGCUGAAUCAAUAGUGAUUGUUAUUUGAAAAUAAAAUGAUGAUAUAUUCAAUCAAUGCAAAACAUUAUGCAUUGUGGGGGAAAGGGAAAAGCAUUUUAAGGGCUCAUUUGCAUUCUUAGUGUAGAUAACAAGAGCGUAUUCCUGAAAGAUAUCUUCAUAGUAGCCAUUGAAUGGCUCUGGUCUAAUUACGUGCAAAAUGCUGGAUUUGUAUGUCAUUUUCCGUAAUUAUGCUCUUUAUUCAAUAUUGCACAAAACACUGUGUUAACCAUUGCUAUUCAGAACACGUCUUUCUAGUCUGUUACUCUAAACAAUCAGACCUCUUAGUUGAUUGGAGUAGGAGACAUUUUGUGGUGCUGUUCGUGCAGCGGCUCGUAUGCCAGUUAUGGUCACCAUCUUCAGUUCAGUUCAGUGCCAGAAGCGCUCAUUGUCAUGCACUGAUUCUUGGGGCUUACAUGUAAUCUCACCCGGUCAUUAACCACAGUGAUUGCGUUUGAUGUUGAUUAUUACAGGGAAGAUUGGUUCUCCUCCGCAGAGGCUACACUGGUUCUUAUUUCGGAAGGCCACCUCUAAGUGGAAACUAAGCAGGUUAGGUUAAUGUAUUCGUCUCUGCUUCCCCGUGAGAAUGCACAGUCUUGUGGGAUCUUCUUAAAUGUACAUAACAUGGUAUCAAUUUUAUGAAAAUCUUUAUGAAAAUGCUUGUAUAUCUGUUGCUAUGCCUGCUUUCAUCGAUGGUAGACAGAACAGAGAUCUGCUUCGGUUUGCCUAACUACCAUCCUUUCUAUUGGCAAGCAGCUAAAUCUGUGGGUUUCACAUACCACUGAAUGAUUAUAAGACCACUCUACAUGCUUUUUCACAUUAGAAAAGCUAACAAAUUGCACAGUAUAACACUUUUUUUUAACAAUAAUUUGGUGAGAUAUCUACCUACAUAUUUGCUAGUUCAUGAAUAUAAUACUGCCACUGAUUCAACACCCAGAUGUUAGUUUAAUGGAUAAAUUGCAUACAGCCCUUGAAGUCUUGGCUCUUUGUUCACGGCUAACGCAUAAAAGGUUCUGUCUAAACAGUGUGAACAACAAUUACGUGUAAUUAUCUCAGCAUAAACACGCCCAUAUAUAAGCAAAUGCGAGCAUUUGUCUUCUUUCUUUCCAUGGCGGAGAGCCAGUUGGUUUCCCUUUUUU